AUGCUCUUCAAGGAUAAGUUGGAAAUGGUCACAUCGUUCCUAGCACUGAUCCUCAUGGUGUCCACAGCCCCAAGGUAUUUCUAUGGAAACCAGGUCCUCGUAGCCAUAGUAACAUACUCAACAUUUGUGUCCUUCAUGAAGCCAAUAGCAAAGAGAGGAAAGCUGUACUUCAGAAUCGUCAAUGUCCUCCAUGUCAUUGCAAAGAUCGUGACCCUUAUUGCAUUCUUCGUAGUCAUGAACAACGUCUUUGUGAUGAGAAUAGGGUACAGAAACUGCAGUAGGUGCUCUGUCAUGUCAAUGCUGGACGUCGCCGCAUCGAUUCUGUUUCUUGCAUACUACUCAGCAUACUCAACUGCCUUUGUCUUCUUCUUCAGUGUCUCCAACAAGUGA